AUGUCCUCCAAAAAACCACCACCAACUCACUCCCGACCCCUCUCAACCCUUCUCAUCCCCAAGAAACGCAGUCUCCUCCCACCUACAUCAACAACACGCCUCUCCGGUACCCACCAUCAGCACGUGAAGCGAAUCCUCAACCCCAGUGCGGUAGCAGCCUCAAUACGAACCAAGGGCGCACACCGGGAUUAUACAAGCAGCCACGAAGACAGGGAGCAAGAGGCCCUAGAAGAGGAACAAGACCCCAAACCCCCCCGCAUCGAAGUCUCCUUCUCCGCCAUCCCGCAGCCCUUCCUCGAUCUGCCGCUGUGGGAAUCGAUACUAAGAACGCGGUGGGCGAAGGCAGCGACGCAGUCUAGAUCUACGGAUGAAGGGCGCGGGGGUGAGGCUGGAGAGGAAGGAGAAGAAGAGGAUACGAGCGAGUCUGGGGCGACAGGGCCGGAAACCGGGGAGGAGAGGAGGCGGAGACGGGAGAGGGAGGUUGAGUAUGGGAGUAUGGCGAUUCGGGGACGGUCGAGUUUAAGGGGGAGAGGGAGGAGGAGAGGGAGAGGAGGAGGUGACGGGGGAGUGUAUUGGGGUGGAAGGCGUUGA